CGUACCAUUACCCCCUCUUUUAAUUGAGCCGUUCCGUCCACAUCUACCGCAAUCAUGUCCACCUUCUCGAGGGCUUUCUUGCGGACCUCGCGCGCUGCCUUCCGCUACCAGAGGGGCGUCAACCCAGUGCAGCAGGCUUGGGCACAGAACGGAAGCUUGAGGAGCUAUGCCACCGCCUUCUCUCGUGAUAAGCCCCACGUCAACAUCGGAACCAUCGGUCACGUCGAUCACGGAAAGACUACCCUCACAGCCGCCAUCACCAAGCGUCAAGCAGAGAAGGGCUACGCCAAGUUCCUCGAGUAUGGCUCCAUCGACAAGGCCCCUGAGGAGCGCAAGCGUGGUAUCACCAUCUCCACCGCCCACAUCGAGUACGCCACCGACAACAGGCAUUACUCUCACGUCGACUGCCCUGGUCACGCCGAUUACAUCAAAAACAUGAUUACUGGUGCCGCAAACAUGGACGGUGCCAUCAUCGUUGUCGCCGCUUCCGACGGUCAGAUGCCCCAGACCCGAGAGCACUUGCUUCUUGCCCGUCAAGUCGGUGUGAAGAAGAUUGUUGUAUUCGUCAACAAGGUGGAUGCCAUUGAGGACAAGGAAAUGUUGGAGCUCGUCGAGAUGGAGAUGCGCGAAUUGCUCACCACCUACGGUUUCGAGGGUGACGACACCCCCAUCAUCAUGGGUUCCGCCCUUUGCGCUCUCGAGAACCGCGAGAACGAUAUUGGCGUGGCUAAAAUCGACGAGCUCCUUGAGGCCGUUGACACCUGGAUUCCCACUCCCGCACGUGACACCGAGAAGCCCUUUUUGAUGGCUGUCGAGGAUGUUUUCUCCAUUGCCGGCCGCGGAACCGUGUGCUCUGGUCGUGUCGAGCGUGGUAUUCUCAAGAAGGAUACCGAAGUCGAGCUUGUCGGCAAGGGUGUAGCACCCAUCAAGACCAAGGUCACUGACAUCGAAACCUUCAAGAAGUCGUGCACCGAGUCCCGCGCCGGUGACAACUCUGGUCUCCUCCUCCGUGGUGUAAAGCGUGAGGAUGUUCGCCGUGGUAUGGUCGUCGCCAUUCCCGGUACCGUCAAGGCCCACAAGAAGUUCAUGGUCUCCAUGUAUGUCCUCAGCAAGGAGGAGGGUGGUCGCCACACCGGCUUCGGUGACAACUACAAGCCCCAGAUGUUCAUCCGAACUGCCGACGAGAGCACUCACCUCACCUGGCCCGAGGGUACUGAGGGUGCUGCUGACAAGAUGGUCAUGCCCGGUGACAACGUCGAGAUGGUCUGCGAACUUCACCAGCCCCACGUCUUGGAGUCUGGACAGCGUUUCAACAUGCGUGAGGGUGGACGUACCGUCGCCACUGGCCUGGUUACCCAGAUCCUCGAGUAAACGGAUUUCGCGCGCUGGCUGAUGCAAAUGCUGAAAAGAUGGACGAAUUAUGGAAGACAGAAGACGGGUGGUGGAUGAGGCGAUUGGAGAUGAGAAAUCAUCUUGGUGUAAGGCGGACUGAUUGGCUUCUUGUACAACAAUGUUUCUGAGCGCUACUUUUUUACAUGUACAUUUCCCUCCUCUCUCCGCUAUUGCGCACUCCAUGUAACUAUAUCAUUUGAUUGGGAGUUAUUUGGUUCUGGAGACACAAAAUAGAUUAUGGGUGGGUAACCUGUACGAGAUAAGGUAGCGGACAAUCUGAAUGUAAAGCUUUACAAUGGACAUUUUUGAGCAUACGUGACCUGGAUCAAAGUAGCUCCAUUUCGCGGCGUAGUCAUCGUCUUUAAUCGUAAGUGCCGU